UGUCCGGCCUCUGUCGCUAUAAUCUGCAAUGUAUCAUGGUGCACGUUCCUGAGAGAGUAUGUGACUGACUAAGGGGCGAUGCUGGUGUAGUCUCUCGGCUCCUGCGCUUAGUACAUAGCGCUGACAGGAAGCCUGUGGUAAAGCGCCCGCUGCACAUUUUCCCGCCCUCACACAGGAGGCGAGACGCCGCCAUAUCCCGCGUUAUUCACCAUGUCUGAAGAGAGGUCUGCGAAGCUCAAGCUGAAAAGGAAGAAGUGUACAAGCACAGCUCAGGGUGGACAAGAGGUGGAGGUCAGACCACAGGCCUCCUCUGCUCUGAACUUGAGACAGGACUUCACUGGUUCCUGGUUUGAUGAAAUCGAAUUAACUGCUGCUGAACAAAUAUGGAAGCAGGUCCUGAGCAGCGUGUAUCUAGACCUCAGCAAUGUGGGCUGGGGAGCCGUGCCUAGCCUACCAGAUGUCAGUCUCAAGAUGAGCAGAAAGGAAGAGGAGAUGAUUGACACCGAAGUGUUUAAAGUUGGAGACAUGAACUUUGAAUGGUUUCCAUUGCCUACUGCCCUUACUAUUGAUAAUGCAGAAGAGCCUUGUGCAGCAGAGGUCGAGGACAAUCAGCAGAAUAUUGAGCACAUAAAGACACCCUUAUCAGAAGCACUUCCAGAAAACGUUCAGCAAACAAAAUCUACAGUGUUGCCCAUCAAGCAAGUGAGGAUUCCAGUCUGUAGUGAGGAAUCCAAAAGAAAUACAGAGAACCUACCCACACCACACAAUGGUUCAACCAAGAAUAUCUCGUUGCCUCAGACGUCACAAAAAAGCGUGUCAGAAAAUGUCACUAAACCACGGACAUUACUAAAGGGUUCUUCAAGGAAUGUCAAAGAACCACAGAUAUUACAGAAAGGUUCCUCAAGGAACGCUAAGGAGCUGCAGCCAUCACAAAAGGGUUCCACAAAACAUACCAAGGAGCAGCAGACCUCACAGAAACCAAAGAUUAAUUUAUGGGCUACAGUAACUUCUUUGAAAAGUACCAAGACAAUACAGGUCCACAAUGGAAAAGGGGAACCAGAAACUGAAGAAAAGCCUCAGCCUAGUCAUGUUAUAACAGCCGAUGCAUCAGAAGGAAGUAGCAGAGGACGUAAGAUAAAAGAGAGUGCAGGCGUAUCAGCAGGUGCUACAAGCUCAUUGGACAAAUGUCCCAUAUGUUUACUGCAGUUUCCAAAGCAGUUUUCACAGCUUGAUAUGGACAGCCAUCUGGCUCAGUGCUUAUCGGAAACAACGGUUGAUGUAGCGUGGUGAUUUAACCGAACAAGUGCGUCACCAGAUUGUAAUUGAUGGAGAGAGUAUUCGAUGCACAUCUUUAUACAUGUAUAGUACAUAGGUAAAUGUGAAAUUAGGUAUUGUUUUAUGUAUCAUGCUGUUUCCAUACCUGCUGUAGAUUUGUAUGGCACUUCCAAAUGUGUGUGUGUGUGUAUGUGUAUGUUCAACCUCUCCAUACCACAACUCCUGGGGUAGGGGGUGGUGCCUGUGUUUAAACCCACCCUAAUGCAUGUCUAGAAUACUACUUUAAAGGGGUUAUCCAAGACUAUUAAGUGCCGCCCCACAUGUCCGGGGCCCCUCACACUGAAUAUACUUACCCUGCUCCCUUCGCCAUUUCUGGUCCCAGUACUGCCAUUGCUGUGGAUGAAAACAUCCGGUG